AUGGGACAGGCCAUCGAGCUGGAGGAGGCCAAGCCGGAGGAGGAGGUGGAGGAGAGGAGCCCCCAGUCCUUCGGUGCGUGGCUGGGCAACUUCACGAAGGUCCACAAAGUGCCAGUCUCCUCGGUGCUGCGCCUCAUGCAGCCUAUGGGCCUGCGACUCGACGUGGGCACCAACAAGUCGCUGCUGAACCGGAAGCUCGCGGAGAUCUGCGACGACGGCCUGGCAGCAGAGCCGAACACCUGCCGAUCUGAGCUCCGCACCGAGAUUCGGUACUCUACACCUCUCGGUGCUGCCUUGCAGGUGGCUUUGGUUUUGCAAAUCGGCUUCUUCGCUUGGUCUGUCUGCAACUUGAAGCGGCAGACGCCAGCGCUGAGCCCGGCGCUGGCUGAGACGGAGAGUGUUCUGGUGAAUUUUCCAGCUGAUCCACACUUCACUUGGCACCAUCGAAUCCUUCUGCGGCGAGUCACGCCCGGGGUUUGGUUCUGCUUAACGCCAGAUGGAGAAGUGAUCCGUCAUGAUCUCACCCUUCUCCGUCACAUUGUUCUGGAAAGGGCCACUGAGUUCCCUGCAGCAGUGGCUGGUGAUGUCUAUGCCUUUGACCCAAUCAGCAGAGUCACAAUUGAAGCCAAGAAGAGACUUGCGGCGGUGCAGGCUUCAGUGCUUGGUGAGGACGAGCCGGGCGAGGUCAUGACUCAGGUGUGGAUUGUCGCUGACCCAGCGCGUUCAGACUAUGGAGAACAAGUGGCGGGUGACCUCAUGAAUGACCCCAACACGGGCAUGGCCUUUGAGACCAAAGGUGUGGUGACCCUCAACGGGGAAGAGGUUUUUGUCCAGCGCAUGAGCACUGGAUUGCACCUUGAUCGGGCCGGCCGGCGUCGUCUUGACCUCAGCGACGCUGUCCAACUCAUGACCGAAGAAGAGCUGGAAGAUUUCCCGGCCACUGAAGUGCUUCGUCUGAUGAUUGGACACGACCAGCUGAACACCCCCAGCCUUGCAGCCGGCGAGCAGCUAGUGCGUUGGCUGGUCCAGCUGGAAGAGCCCAGACUUUCCGGACUCGGCAUCAUCUUGGGCGGCCCUGUCAGCAACGAGGGCAGAGCGCAGACCAGGAAGUUCAAUGAGCACCUCACUAACAAGCUCAAGGAGCGUGCUCAGAUCUGGAAGAGUGAGCGGCAGUUUCGCGAAGAGAAAAGGCAAUGGCAGCAGUCUGCUGCGACAAGCAGCAGGGAUGCGGACAAGCCCGAUGGCAAGGGCGCCGAGAAGAAGCCAAAGGGCAAAGGCAAAGGAGGGCCCAAGGGCGGCGGCCGCGGAUCAGCUUCGGCCGCCGCAGAUGGGGCGUGA